AUGGAGAUGAGAAGGCUUGGCUCUAGGCUAAUGUGGCUAAUGCAUGGCUCAUUUGGCGUAUCCAAGGAAGACAUCAAAUGGGCUGCUCCAAAACGUGAAUUUGAAUAUGCAUCUCCUGUCUUACAAUUGAACUCUUACCCGGCUUGUCCGGAUCCGAAUCGGACCAUGGGUCUUGCUCAACAUACUGAUUCAAACCUAUUGUCAAUCGUGCACCAAAAGCACCAAUGGCUUGCAAGUUUUCUGUUAAACAUUAAUGCACAUUUGAGAGAGAUUUCUACAAGACAGUAG